UAUGUGAAAUAAAAAUGCGCCAUAGCAACCAGUGAUACAAACAAUGUUUCCCGACAACAUCACUUCAACAUGUUUCGCAAAUUGUCACUAAUUAUAUUUUAAAAUGACAAUAUUUCGAAAUUCAUGCGGCUCCUAAUGCGAUAUGCAAUCCACAAAGAGAAAUUUCAUGAAUAUCAUUUCUAAAUAUGAACACCUCAUUAAAAGGACGCAAGCCGAACUGGACUUCUUUAAGAUAAAAGCAGAGUAUGAAGAUACAAUCCAGUCACUUGAAAACUUAAUCAAGGGUCUGUGCCAUGAACUUCAUAGGCAACUGGACAGAAACUGCAAUAUUCUUCUUAGUAAUGACUGCUGCGGAAGCGUAGCAAGAAAUGGAAUUACUGAUCGAGAUAGAAUACUAAACGAAUGCAAACAAGCCGAAGAAAUAUUUCGUAAUCUAAAAUGUCAAUUAGACAAAUUUAUGGGAAAUAAUGUGAUUCUAGAAAAAGUUCUUGAAAAUGCCAAAUGCCUGGUAAAUGAUCGGCUAAAUCGUGAAAAGAUGGCACUGGAAAAAGUUCAAGAGGCUCUUACGAUUGCUGAGUGUGCAAUCGUUGAAAAAGAAGAUGCUUUGAAUCGUGAAAAGGCAAUAAGGGAAGAGUGCAAUCAACUAGCAACAACCAUUGGACAAGUAAUGGAGGAUGCAGCACAGAAAGUUGAACGAAACGUUAAUGAUAUCAAGAAGCAAUAUGAGCGUCAGAUUAAACAUCUUAUCCAUACUCAAAAUGAGCUAAAAAAGCAAAUAGAACUGCACAAAGGACAGAUAGACACAGCAGAAAAACGGAAUAUGAUACUGGAACAAAAAUUGAGAGAAAUGAUUCACCGGAAUUCCAACCUCGAUACAGAUCUCCAAGUCGCUUCGCAGGCCAUAGUUGAAAUGGAAUUGAAACUUAAGGCGAUUGAGAAUCUACUGGACCAAGAUCAAAGAACAAAUAGGAUAAGUGAGGAAAUUCAACAAGAAAUUCGAGAUUUUCUCUUGAAUAAUAAACAAAUCAAAGAAAGAUGGAGAUUUGCCAUUGAAGACGUCACGCUCAAACUGCGAAACGAAAUCAAGAACCUUCAAAAGGAGAACACUUCGUACAAGGCUGAAAUUCAGAACCUCAGGAUUAAAUUACUCAAUAAAAACAAAUAAAACCCAUCAUUUUUAAACGAA